AUGGACUUCCGACGAUUUCUCGCGGGUCUGAGGGGCUUGCCUCUUCGCAAGAUCGGCUGUGCUGCGGGGCUGUUCGCUGUCUCUGCAGGUGCGGGUUACUUCGUUUACCGCUACUUUCAGAGACACAGCGCAGCUACCGACCACACUCAGCCAGCUCACGACUCUGUGGAUGUGCUGGGAGAAUCACCUGAUACUCCCUCUGUCCUCCAGCCUCCCAGUGCUGGUGAGCUGAACAGAGCCUGGUGUGAACUUCAGGUUCAGUCUCCAGACUCCAUCAGCUCCCAGUCUGAGUCAGUGGAAAUCAAGAGAGACCACCUCAGGAUAUUAAGGGGUCCAGAGAGUCAACCCUGUGAGACGUACCCCUUGAAUCACGAGGAAUUCUCUCAUGACGACACUGAAGACUGUUUCACUGGCAUGCAGGUUGUUGAGGCAAACCUGCAGCUGCAGUCCACUGAACCUCAACAAGACACUUCAGCUGUCAGUCUGCCUCCCAGUGCUGGUGAGCUGAACAGAGCCUGGUCUGAUAAUCAGGUUGAGUCUCCAGACUCCAUCAGCUCCCAGUCUGAGUCAGUGGACAUCAAGAGAGACAUCCUCUUGAAUCACGAGGAAUUCUCUCAUGACGACACUGAAGACUGUUUCACUGGCAUGCAGGUUGUUGAGGCAAACCUGCAGCUGCAGUCCACUGAACCUCACCAAGACACUUCAGCUGUCAGUCUGGUUACUGAGGACCUUCUUACUGGAACUCAGGUCGCUGAGCUGUAUGAUGAGCCGCUGCCCACCGCAUCUGACGAUGACCCUACAGCUUUCAUCCUGAAUGAGUGUAAUACAGAGGAGAGCCGAGAGGAUGAGGAGCUACAGCCUGAGAGAAAGAGCCUGGAGGACUUCAACUUCCUCAGUGUACUUGGAAAGGGUACAUACGGGAAGGUGAUUUUGUCCGAGCUCAAAGGCACUGAGGAGGUGUAUGCGCUGAAGUUUUUGAAGAAGGACUUGAUCUGGGAAUAUGAAAACAUCAGCUGCACCUUUAUGGAGAGGCGGAUCUUGGCUCUGGCCAGUGAACACCCCUACCUGACCCACCUCUACUGUAGCUUCCAGACCAGCGACUCAUUGUGCUUCGCAAUGGAAUUUGUGAAUGGAGGGGAUCUUGCAUUUCACAUUUCCUGUUCAUGUGGAUUUGAUGAACCCCGCACCAGAUUUUAUGCUGCUGAGAUCGCCUGUGCCCUCAUGUUCCUCCACCGCAACGGGAUUAUACACAGAGAUCUCAAACCCGGAAACAUCCUCCUAGAUGCCGAUGGCCACUGCAAGCUUGCUGACUUUGGCUUGUGCGCAGAGGGUAUACUAGACGGCAAGACUGCCAACACUUUUUGUGGCACACCCAACUACAUAGCACCAGAGGUGUUACAGUAUUGGGAAUACGACACGUCGGUGGAUUGGUGGGCCCUCGGUGUGAUCAUGUACGAGAUGAUGACAGGCUACGCUCCGUUUCAUGAUCACAACGAGGAGAAGAUGUUUGAGUCCAUCAUCCAUGCUGAACCACAAUAUCCAUCAAACCUCAGCAGGAAUGCGGUCAGCAUCCUCAAAGCGUUCCUGAGGAAGAAGCCCAUGGAUCGUCUCGGCUGUGUGGUGUCCGAGGGCAAGGAGAAUGCCAUCAAAGUUCACCCUUUCUUUAAUAAGAUCGACUGGUCAUGGCUGGAACAAAGGAAGAUCACUCCUCCGUUUCAACCACAGAUAACAUCUAAGAGGGACGUCAAUAAUUUUGAUGGCAGAUUCACCCGUGAGGAGCCCAAGCUUUCUCAUGGGAAUCUCUCCUUCUUCAUCCAGUCCAUCCAAGAGGAGUUUGAUGGCUUCUCAUUUAUUAACACUAAAUAUUAACUUUGCUAAUCUAAUAUUAGCAUAUAUUAUUAUUAUUGUCAUACCAUU